CAUUUGAUUACUACUACGACAAAUUUUGACCUUUUUUCCUUGAUUUGAUGCUCUUCGGCUUCCUUCCUUGCUAAGGAAAUUGUCCCCAUUAAUCUUCACUUCUUCGCGUAUCCACACCAUUCUAGCACUGAAGUUUGCCAACCGAAAGCCAUGGAGCAGCCUCUUCUCUCAGAGAAAAGAAGCGAAAGUGAAGAGAGCGAGAGGUUGAGCUCGUAUCAGUACGUUGGGAGAACAGGGUCGGUGAUUCCAACAGCUUCCUUGGCGGGAACCGAAGUUAGCAUCGAGGAGAUUCGAUCAGCGACUUCUUUUUCUGGUCAUUACCCGCCUUCCAUUCAUGCUCCUUUGAUUAGCUCGCCGGAGCCCCAUCCAAACGAGCAAGUUGUUCUUCAUCAAGGUACUUACACAACAGAUUAUGGCGCAUACUCCAAUGAUUUUCAGAGGCAAUUAUUGGAUGAGGUAGAGAUACGAGAGUUGCUCAUUGAUCAUAUUGGUCAUCGAUGCUGUUGGGGGAGUCGUCCUGCUCGGACAUGGAAGAUUAAUGCAGUUGAAGAUUGCAAUGUUUAUGUGGGAACUCUAGAAACUUUCUUAGAAGAAAGGGAAGUGGUCAGAGAAACAGAACCUUACCUUGGUGGCAAAAUUGAUGGAAAGGAUAACAGUCCUGAACUUGGUAUUUGGGAAUUGGAUCUAAGAUCACAAUUCCCUGUUCUCUUUGUGCCUUAUAAAGAAACACGAAUCAAGAUUCCUCAUAGUGAGACCGUUGAGAAAUGUUCAGGUUGUGCAGGACGAGGAGAUAUUGCAUGUCCUACAUGCAAUGCAGACCAAGAACGUGGAUUUUAUAAGGAAAAUCAGAUGUCCCAGUGCCCUGCCUGCUAUGGAAGGGGAUUAAUUGCUCACAGAGACGGAUCAGACACCAUAUGCAGAAGAUGUGAUGGGAAGGGAAAGAUUCCUUGUGCAACUUGCACAUCUCGUGGCUUACUAAAAUGUGAGACAUGUCAUGGAAGCGGGUCUCUGUUGACAUGCAAAAUUGCCAUUGUUAAAUGGAAGACACUUUCAACUCGAAAAGUAAGUGCAACAAGUGGAGCAGCAUCGGUUCCAGAUGAGGUUUUCCAUAGGGCCAAAGGGGUUCAGUUGUGUAACACCCAGGCACAUCAGUGCACACCAGCCUUUUUCGCCGACUCUUUCUUCCUCAACAAGUUCUCUUCUGAUGUUAUUGCAGACAGGGCUUUUGUACCUCCUACAGCCAGAGUCAUAUGCGAGAGGCAUACUAUCUCAGUGGUGCCAGUGACACGUGUCACCAUGUCUCAUCAUCGUCAAUCUUUCAGUUUCUACAUUGUUGGGUUUAGCCGGGACGUUUACUUGAAGGACUACUAUCCUGCUAGGUUUUGCUGGGGCUUGUGUCCAUGCCUGGAAUGGUUGAAGUUGUAACUGUGCAAUUCUCAACAUAAAGAGAUUGUUUCUCAAUUUUAUGCUGCUGAUAUUUGUGAUUUUUCGUGUGCAUCAAUAUAAAUCAGUUGGUUUCAUGUAUUGAAGAGAUUGGAGUGUGCAAUUUACAUGUGACAAUAAUAAUUAUUCUUGCAUUCAUGACA